UUCACAAUUCAUCUAGGAUUUUUACCCUAUUACUCAUAUCUUUUAUUGUUAUUAACCUCUCGUCAACCUCUACAUCCAGUAUUCAAGCGUCGGUAACUUUUUGGAAACCAUUGACACCUCACUUCAAUUUAAAAUUUAAUUAAGCACGGAAUGAGCAGCAGCACAACAGAGAAUCAAUGGCUUUUCAGAAAGGAAGAUCUAUACAGAACACCGUCAUUGAUGUCAGGACUUUCGUACCAAGUUGAGAAAGAAAGCCGCAUGAAGGGCGUCACUUUUAUCAUUCAAGUGGGAAUGUAUCUCAAGCUGCCACAGCUAACUAUGGCCACUGCGGCAUUGUUUUUCCACCGAUUUUACAUGCGACACUCUCUUAAAGACUACAAAUUCUAUGAUAUUGGUGCAACAUGUAUCUAUCUUGCCAGCAAAACAGAGGAAUCGACACGCAAGUUUAAAGAUGUGAUUAUAGCAUGCGCGCAAAAGGCAGCAAAGAGAGAAACACCGAUCGAAGAUUCUUCAAAGGAGUUCCGUGUCUGGAAAGAUACCAUCAUUUAUACGGAGGAGAUCUUGCUGGAAGCGCUUUGUUUUGAGCUAAGUGUCGAACAUCCAUACCAGUUCAUGCUCUCUUUGCUUACCAAUCAUUACACUAAAGAUGAACACCGUGCGAGAAAAUUAAAGUCAGUUGCAUGGGCCUUCAUUAAUGACAGUUUGAGAACAACGCUAUGCUUACUUUACCCUCCCAAGAUCAUUGCAUUGGCUGCAGUACAUAUUGCAGCUAAAUAUUUGGAUGAAAACUUGAACGAGUGUCUUGGUGAUACCUGGAGAGAGUUGUACGAACCAGAGAUUCAAGAUAUUACUGAUGCUGCAAACGAGAUUAUGGACCAAUAUACGCAGUUCCCAAACAAAAACGGGCGGUCUUUGGAUAAGAUGUUGCCUGGCUCGAAACCUGGAAGUGAAUAUCAGGAGAAUGGGACACCAUCUUAUGGAGGAUAUCUCAAUAGUCCUGCAAAGCUUGCGACACCAGUGUAUAGCAUUGAGCCAGACCGCCCUUCGAAUGGUGAUCGAUCAGGGGCACCAUAAUGGUCUAUUUUUUGAUGUGGC